AUGUCCCGUUUCUUUUCGUCUAAUUAUGAAUACGAUGCUGCCAGUUCUUCAUCCGAAGAAGAUCUUUUAUCUUCAUCCGAAGAAGAUCUAUUAAGCUCUUCCUCCUCUGAGUCUGAAUUAGACCAGGAAUCUGAUGACUCCUUCUUCAAUGAAAGUGAAAGUGAAAGUGAAGCUGAUGUAGACUCUGAUGACUCUGAUGCAAAGCCUUAUGGUCCUGACUGGUUCAAAAAAUCCGAGUUUAGAAAACAAGGUGGAGGAGGAUCGAAUAAAUUUUUGAAAAAUUCCAAUUAUGAUUCCAGUGACGAAGAAUCCGAUGAUGAAGAUAACAAGAAAGUUGUCAAAUCUGCCAAGGAAAAACUAUUGGAUGAAAUGCAAGAUGUUUAUAACAAGAUCUCCCAAGCUGAGAAUUCUGAUGACUGGUUGACCAUUUCCAAUGAGUUUGAUUUAAUCUCCCGUCUUUUGAUUAGGGCCCAACAACAAAACUGGGGGACUCCAAACAUUUUCAUCAAAGUCGUUGCACAAGUGGAAGACGCUGUGAAUAAUACUCAACAAGCUGAUUUGAAAAAUAAAGCCGUCGCCAGGGCUUAUAAUACCACAAAGCAAAGAGUCAAGAAGGUUUCUAGAGAAAACGAGGACUCUAUGGCUAAAUUCAGAGAUGAUCCUGAAUCCUUUGAUAAGGAACCAACUGCUGAUCUAGAGGGUUCUGCUAAUGGAUUCAAAAUUUCUUCAUCUCAAGGUAAUGAAUUAGCUGUUCAAGAAGACUUCUUCACCAGACUACAAACAAUUAUUGAUUCAAGAGGUAAGAAAACUGUUAACCAACAGUCUUUGAUUGCUACUUUGGAAGAGUUAUUGACUGUAGCUGAAAAACCUUACGAAUUUAUAAUGGCCUACUUGACAUUAAUUCCAUCAAGAUUCGAUGCUUCAGCUAAUCUUUCUUAUCAACCAAUUGACCAAUGGAAAUCUUCUUUUAAUGAUAUUAGUAAACUAUUGUCUAUUCUGGACCAAACUAUGGACACAUAUCAGGUUAGUGAAUUCGCUGAUCCAAUUGAUUUUAUUGAAGACGAACCAAAAGAAGAUUCCGAUGGUGUGAAGAAGAUAUUAGGUUCUAUUUUCUCGUUUGUCGAAAGAUUAGAUGACGAAUUCAUGAAAUCCUUAUUAAACAUCGAUCCUCAUUCUAGUGAUUAUUUGAUUCGUUUGAGAGAUGAACAAUCUGUCUAUAACUUGAUCUUGAGAACCCAGUUGUACUUUGAGGCUACUUUGAAAGAUGAACACGACUUGGAAAGAGCGUUGACGCGUCCAUUUGUUAAAAGAUUGGAUCAUAUCUAUUAUAAAUCCGAAAACUUGAUAAAAAUUAUGGAAACUGCUGCUUGGGCAAUCAUACCUGCCAAGUACCAAUCCAAAUUCACUCCUAAAGACCAGCUCGAUUCUACUGAUUACGUUGAUAAUUUAAUAGACGGUUUAUCAACAACUCUUUCUAAGCAAAACAACAUCGCUGUUCAAAAACGUGCUAUUUUAUACAACAUUUACUACACUGCAUUAAACAAGGAUUUCCAAACUGCUAAAGAUAUGUUAUUAACUUCUCAAGUUCAAACUAACAUUAACCAAUUCGACUCGUCUCUUCAAAUCUUAUUUAACAGAGUCGUCGUUCAAUUGGGUCUAUCCGCCUUCAAAUUGUGUUUGAUCGAAGAAUGUCAUCAAAUUUUGAAUGAUCUUUUAUCGAGCUCUCAUUUAAGGGAAAUUCUAGGUCAACAAUCUUUACACAGAAUCUCCAUCAACUCUAGUAAUAACGCUUCUGCCGAUGAGCGUGCUAGACAAUGUUUACCAUAUCAUCAGCACAUCAAUUUGGAUUUGAUCGAUGUCGUCUUCUUAACAUGUUCCUUAUUAAUCGAAAUCCCAAGAAUGACUGCAUUCUAUUCUGGUAUUAAGGUUAAGAGAAUUCCAUACUCUCCAAAAUCCAUCCGUCGUUCUUUAGAACAUUAUGAUAAAUUAAGUUUUCAAGGUCCACCGGAGACUUUGAGAGACUAUGUCCUAUUUGCUGCCAAAUCAAUGCAGAAGGGUAACUGGAGAGAUUCUGUUAAGUACUUGAGAGAGAUAAAGUCUUGGGCUUUGUUACCGAACAUGGAGACAGUAUUGAACAGUUUAACCGAAAGAGUUCAAGUUGAAUCUUUAAAGACUUACUUCUUCUCUUACAAAAGAUUUUAUGCAAGCUUUUCUGUUGCCAAACUAGCCGAAUUGUUUGACCUUCCAGAAAAUAAAGUGGUUGAAGUUAUACAAUCUGUUAUCACAGAAUUGGAAAUUCCAGCAAAAUUAAACGAUGAAAAGACCAUAUUCGUUGUCGAAAAGGGUGACGAAAUUACUAAGUUAGAAGAAGCUAUGGUCAAAUUAAACAAAGAAUAUAAAAUCGCUAAGGAACGUCUUAACCCACCAUCAAAUCGCCGUUAA